AUGGAAGAAGGCGGAGAGACGGCUGGCAGCGAAGACACGAGAGAAAGAGAAGAGCGGGGAGACGAAGACGUGCUGCGCAUUCUCGUCGCUACCGACACGCACCUCGGCUACAAGGCAGAAGACAGCGAGCGCGGGGGCGACAGCUUUGAAACGUUCGAAGAAAUCCUGGAAAUCGGGAGGAAUUUAAAGGUCGACUUCCUUCUCCAUGGCGGAGAUUUGUUCGACGAAAAUCGACCGUCUCGGGCUACAAUGUAUCGAACGUUCUGCCUCUUGAGGAAGUUUUGCUUCGGCGAUGGCGCGGUGAGCUUCGAAGUGCUUCAGAGCGCCGCAGAGAGCAGUCGACGAGAUGCCGGAGACGGAAAAGACAACGACGCGGCGGCCGCGGAGAAGACUUCCGGGAAAAAAGUAGACGGAUUCCGAUUCGGGCUAAACUACCUGGACGAAAACAUCAACGUCUGCAUGCCUAUCUUCGCCAUGCAUGGAAACCACGAUGACCCAGGCGAACAAUCUCACUUGUCGCCUCUCGAUUUGCUCGAAGCUGCGCACCUGAUCAAUUACUUUGGGCGGUGCGAGGCUUCGGACGAAGUGACGAUAAAACCUAUUCUCAUCAGGAAAGGGCGAACAAAGGUUGCGAUUUACGGCGUAGGGUGGAUUCGCGACGCUCGCCUGCACAGAGCCUUCAACAACGAAAAGGUUCGCUUCCUCGUGCCGUCCUCGUCGGACAGCGGAGACUCCGUCGACGACUGGUUCAACAUCAUGGUUGUCCAUCAGAACAUGUACAAGGGAGCGUUUGGAGGCCAGCCGGCAAAGAACUGCAUCCACGAGCAAAUGCUGCCGGAUUUUCUCGACCUCGCCAUCUGGGGGCACGAGCACGACUGCCACGUCGACCUGCGCGAGUCCCCACAAGGCACGUUCCGAAUUCUGCAGCCUGGGUCUUCGAUUGCGACGUCGCUCGUUGCCGGAGAAGCUCUGCCGAAGCACGUGUUUCUUCUUGAAGUGCGCGGAGAGAACUACAGGAUAACUCCCCAGCGGCUGCGCACUGUUCGCCCUCUCAUUUUCGAGGACCUGACUCUGGCCGAUCUGCUGCAAGCGCCGCCUCUCGCCUCUUCGCUCGGCGCCCCGGCAGCCCCCCAGCGAAUCCCCGCGAAACGCGGCGGCUCCAGGAACCUCCAAACUGCGCAGCCCGCCGAAGACCGAGACGUUUGGCAACUCCUCACUGACGCCGUCGAGGCACUGCUGUCGCGCUACGCUCUGGAACGAGGCGAGACAGGACAAGACCGAGAAGAGGGAGAAGACGAUAGGGGUGACGAUAGAGGUGGGGCGGCCAGCGGGACGCAAGGGAGGUUGGGAGGCGAGAAGGCGAAGCGAGAGGACGCCGGCGAGGCAGAUGCCUUUGAGUUAUUUUGCAAUUACUCGACGAAGAAGAAGAAAAAGCUGCCGCUCCUUCGCCUCCGUGUCGAACACUCCGGCUUCUCGACCGUUAGCACUUCGCGCUUCGGCGCCCAAUUCGUCGGGCGUGUAGCAAACCCAGGAGACAUUCUGCAUUUUUACCGGAAACGCGCGACCACUCACCACCCGCCAGGCGAGAAGUUGAGUCAGCGGCUGCCUGAUUUGGAGAUUGAAGAGAUCGCCGGAGAUGACACGUCGGAGAUCCGCGACAUUAUCUUUCAUUUCCUCGAAGAAGCCAACACCCUCGAUCUCCUGCCUGAACCGGAUUUCAACGUGGCCGUGCAGGAUUUCGUUGUUAAGAUGGACACCAAUGCGAUUGCAGCCUUCGUCGAUCGCAGUGUACAGGCAGCACGGCGCGAAGCGAAGAGCAAGCUCCACGUCCUGGCGCCGGAUGUCGAGAAAGACAUCGAGCCCGCAGAUGUCCACGCCGUCAUUGCGUUCGCGGCCCGCAAGACUGUCAUCGUUGCUUCCUCCACGGUUGCGCACCCCGGUGUGCUCGAUGGACGCCGCGGAGACGGUGAAGACGCGUCUGCGACGGGAGAGGUACCGAGGGAAGAGGAAGAUGAUUUUGCAGCAGAGACCGUCGACACGAGUCAACUUCCCGAAAAGAAGCCAAGGAACCACAAUGGUUCGACUGGACUCUUCGACGAAGAAGCUUCGGACGCCAGAGCGACAGACUCCGACUUUUCCGAUGCCGAGGCAGGAGGCUCAGCCGCUGGCGCGGCGUCGAGAGGGACGGGGCUGCAGAGAGCGCGGCAACGCGGGCUGCCGAGAGGCUGCGCGGCCCGCGUCGGCGAGAAGCGAGGAGCGAGAGCCGCGCUGUCUCUUGUGGUUGGUAGGCCGAGCGAGGAGUUUUCUUCCGAGGCCGCAGGGCCUCAGAAGGGGCGACGGGGGCUGGGCCGAAGAGGCAGAGUGAAGGACGCGUCGUCGAGUCCAAAUGUGCAUGCGUCGGGGAAGACAGGGACUCGAGGGAACCGAGGACGGCGCGACAGCCACGAUGAAGAUGCGGAUUUCGGGGAAGAAGAAGGAAACCAGAGUCCCACAAUGUCUGCAAGGACGUCAGGUCCAGCAGGCGGAGGCCGCGAGCGCGAGAAGCCGUUCAGUCAGCUGUCAGCGAAGCGGAAAGGAGCUGUGGGAGGGCUCUCGUCAGAGCCGAAAAGACAGCAGGCGGAUCUCCGUUCGUUCUUCAGACCGUCGCAGAUUUCCUCUUCUCGGCCGGCGUCUCAAACACGCGGCGUCAAUUCCUCACCUGGUUAUGCGCCUCACUCGCGCAUGCAUCCAGCUGCGUCUGAGGGCGACGGCCACGAAGGCAGCCGACGCGAGUCUCACACUUCUCGUUUCCAUUCCGCCCGACCGCCUUCCCGGCCAGCUUCGUCCUGUGAAGUGGAUGGAACGAGGCAGGAGUCCAGAAUGUUUCAAGAGGAGAGAGAAGCGCAGAGAGAGGGACAAAUCCCGAAUCGCUCCGACAAAGAUCGGACAGCGACGGCGGCUACAGGUUAUUCUCUCGGAACUCAAGAAUUCACACGCAAGAGACGAAGCAGCUACAUGUCGGAGGACGACGCAUCCAGGAAAGGAGAAGAGAGCUUGGUGGAAGAUGAAGACGACUUGUUUCUUUCUUCACUCGGCCGAGCCGCGGACUCGGCUCUUCGUAGAGGUACUGACUCCAUAUCUUCUUCGUGGUCUCGGCGACGUUAA